CUUUAUUGUUACCCCAACAAACUCCUCACCGCCUGGUCAGCGCCUAUGGAGAAGCAGCGUCACGACGCUGCUUUAUAUGAUUCCUUUCGCCUCUAUUUUGAUCUCCUGCACAGUACAAUAAAGCAGCAUGCAAUAGAGGUGGAGAACACGUACAAUAUAGAUGAGAAGGGCUUUAUAAUUAGAGUGAUUAGAAAGAGCGUUAGAAUUUUUAACAAGAAGCUCUUUAGACUCUAGAGAUUCAAGCUAGCAUCUUAUAAUAGCAACAGGAAGUGGG